AUGACUCGCCUCUCUUCUUUCUUAAUGGUGGCCUUCGGCCUGCUGAGUAGUGCUAGUGCCACUGCAGUCAACCUCGCCAGGGAAAAUUUCGAUGCUAAAUGCAAUGCGAGGCGCCUCCAGCUUUCAGAAGCGCUGAAUUCCCAAAUGAGCGACUGCUCUCAAAGAAACAUGGCUUUUACUUUCGACUAUACCGCAGCUUGUGGGCCCAUCCUGCUCACUCCUACUACCUCCAAGCCGGCGCCCUCCACGGCUACAAGCAGCAAUACCUCUACCACCAAUAGCUCGGCCAUUUCGCAGAAUACAUCCGCUGCUUCUUCUACCGCUACGUCGGAUGUGACAUCGGGCACUAGCUCGUGCGCAUCUAUACCGUCGCUUACAUCCAACGCUGCAGCGAUCCACGGAUCCAAGCUAGAGGCUAUUAUUGGCUUGGCCGUUGGGUCUAUGAUAUUGUGCUGA